AUGACGGAUGUAAAGCGUGCUGAGCUCAUCUUCAUCUGUUUGAUGCUGCUUAACGGUUUUGUAGCAACAUUGAAUUGCACAAGCCCAACUCCUGAAUCUUUGUUUUCCUCACUUGAGAAGAAUUUAUUCCCUAAAAAACUACUGCGACCUGUGAAAAGCUUUUCAAGUCCAACUAACAUAACCAUUGGUAUCACAGUGGUGGGAAUUCUAGGAGUGGAUGAAAAAUCCCAAAGCCUGACAACAGUCUUGUGGCAAGUUCUAGAGUGGGAUAUUGAGGGACUGAGCUGGGAUGAAGAGGAAUGUGGCACUAAAAGAGUCUCUGUCCCUCGAGAAAAGCUUUGGGUCCCAGACAUCCAUAUCUCAGAGUUCAUGGACGAAGACAAAUCUCCCAAUACUCCCUACGUCUACUUGCUUAACACAGGUCAUGUAUAUGAUGAUAAGCCAGUUAGAAUGGUCAGCUCCUGCCGAUUAGUAAUCUACAAUUUCCCCUUCGAUAUUCAAAACUGCACUCUGACAUUUGGAUCAUAUCUACACUUUGCUACAGACAUAAGGAUGAUUCAAGGCCCCACAUCUGAAGAGAUACUGCAGGAGUCCCAAGAUGUGUUGGUGACCAAUGGGGAGUGGGAGCUCAUAGGUAUCAGUGUAGCUCCUUCUACUCUGUCAUUAGAUGUGGGAAGCUACUCUGAGAUCAGAUACCAUAUCAUUCUGAGACGUAGGCCAGUCCUCUAUGUGGUGAACCUGCUGAUCCCCAGCUGCUUCCUCAUCACUGUGGACCUCUUCAGCUUCCUGCUGCCCCCCCAUAGUGUGGACCGUUCCUCCUUUAAGAUGACCCUCAUCCUGGGCUACACCGUUUUCCUGCUCAUCAUGAACGACCUGCUGCCUGUCACUGGGGACACAACACCUUUCAUCAACGUUUUCUUCUCCAUCAGUCUCGCUCUGAUGGUUGCCAGCCUGUUGGAGACCGUGUUCAUCACUAAUAUCCAGUACAGCUCCAGCCGGUACAGCGCCAUGCCUCACUGGCUCAAUGUCCUCGUGCUACGAUAUCUAGCUGUUGUAGUUUGUCUACCUCGAACGAAAAAAAGCAACCGAAAGACUUUCUUUCACGACUCAUCUAAUAGAGAACCACCACAGAAUUCCGGAAUCACCAACAUCUCAGCGUUUCAUCUUCAGAGCGUCUCUGGUGAUACACCUCCAGCGAAACCCAACCCAACCCUUUCGAUGCCGGCCCUGGAUGAACUGAGGAAACUGAGCAGAGAUCUCUUGGCCAUCCGCCUCCAGAUGGACAAACACUUCCAGGGGAGCAAAACCUCUGAGGAUUGGCAAAUGGUCGGGUUAGUUAUCGACCGUUUUCUGUUUGGAUUGUACAUUGUCUUCCUCGGUGUCAGCUUCAUCACCAUAAUAUGUAUCUGGACCUUGAGCAACUCGUAA